CUCGCUGAUUGGAUGAUAUGCGAAUGCGCGACAAAAGGUGUACGCAGCUUGGCUUCAGGAGCGGGAUUUUAUAUUAGCGUUUACUGCGCUGCUGCCUGGGAGCGAAGCGACAAGGUUCCUGGAUGGACGCCUCUUACGUCGCCAGCGCCAGGAGGUUAAGGGGCAGCAGUCGUCGCUCCGUUGUGUCCGCCUCGUCCUACAGCGCCCAUAGCCAAGCUGAGCAGGGAGGCUUACAGGACGAAUCGGUGGUCAAAAACUUGGAAAGUGACUUAUUUGAGGUUUCUGCCGCCAAAACACACGGCCUCGACUCCGCGCUGCACCCAGAAACCGAGCAGCCUGGCCAAAACGGGACAGUCAAGACACAAGUGGUGACCUCUAAAAGAGGCAGGAGAUGGCCGGCCAGAUUGUUGUCCAUGGUGUGCAGUCUUGUGGUUGUCAGCAUCCUCUCCGUUCUCUUUGCCAUUUUAUAUAUGGUGGUACAAGAUGUGCAGACUGGAAAAGUAAGUGAGGAUGGAGUCAAAACUAGUCUCCUUGGCUUCUGGAGUCUUCUCAUCCUGUCCCUCCUGGCCGGUCUCUCUUGCUGCAGUUUUUCUUGGACUGUAACGUAUUUUGACUCAUUUGAGCCGGGCAUGUUUCCACCCACUCCACUGUCCCCAGCACGGUUCAGGCGAAUGACCGGCCAUUCAUUCCACAUGGGCUACACCAUGGCAAUACUAAAUGGCAUUGUGGCCGCUCUGACUGUGCUUUGGUGCCUGCUCUGAAUGUAUAUUCUGCAAUGAUGCAAGUCUCUGCGUGCACCGCUCACACGGAAUGUCACCUUCUGAAGAUCCAGCGCUCUAUUUAUUCAUGCAAAAUCCUUUUUGUGUAUCUAGUCUUAUGCUGUAUCCAUGGUGGUUUAUUUUUGCAAAAUAGUUUUUAAAUAUUUAGUUUACGUACUUUUUUUUUAUGUAUAUCACGUGUUCUUACCCUGAAAAAAUAUUUCUAGGUAUAGUCCAUAUUAAAAGGGAAAAGACAGUGCUACUAAUGUCCAUUGCAGUAGGACAUAUAGGCCUGGGCUACACUGUGUGUGUGUGUGUGGGGGGGCACAUUUAUUAAGGGACUUGCGACUAUUUUA